AACUACAUAAGGAGAGGAAGCUGGGGACCCCCCGUACAUACAGUAUAUCUGCAGGGCAACCUGGCCCGUUCGUCGGUGAAUGCACGCACGUUUAUCGACGUGCCCUACCACAUCAACUCCGUCGUCGUCGCCUAUCGCACGACUUUCGUUUGCAGUCGACGGACCAAUAAACGGAAGAGAGGCCAUUGGAAACGGAUCGCUUCUGAGCGGAGGAUUGUUCGCCCAGCGGAAAUCGAUCUGCGAACCCAUCUACGAGGAGCCAUCGACCACCUCGGACUUGGCCGCCGUCGACAAUCUCGAAGUAUAUAAACGUCAACAUCGUCCUCGCCCCAAAGUCUCAAGGACCCAGUCCGCUCCCCAGCUCAUCUCCACCAACACCACUUUGCCCGUCUACAUCAACCACUCCAGCAUGUCCGAAUCACUGAUGCCCAAGAGCGACUCCUUCAGUGCUCGUGUACGUGGCAGCAGCCACAUCGACUUCAAGACUGCAACUACUGGCGUUGCUGCAAAGGCCAUGCGCAAUGAGCUCAGCAACCUUGUCAACACCGUCAAGGAACCCGAGACGAAGAAGGCUUUCGACACUGAAAUGCAAUCCUUUUUCUAUCUUUUCACUCGUUAUCUUUCGGAACGUGCAAAGAGCCAGGACCUAAACUGGGACCACAUCAAGUCCCCUUCAGAAGACAAGAUUGUUCCUUACAGCAAACUUCCUUCGGGUGAGACCAAGAACCUCAACAAGCUUGCAGUUCUUAAGGUCAAUGGUGGUCUUGGAACAUCAAUGGGCAUGACUGGUGCAAAGUCUGCGUUGGAGGUCAAGGAUGACAUGACGUUCCUCGACCUUACUGUCCGUCAAAUCGAGCACCUCAACACCACUAACCGCGUUGAUGUCCCCCUGAUCUUGAUGACAUCAUUCAAUACACACGACGAUACCCUCCGUAUCAUCAAGAAAUAUGCCAACCAGCAACUUCGCAUCACCACCUUCAACCAGUCGCGUUAUCCUCGUAUCUUUAAGGAGACGCUCUUGCCAUGCCCGAAGAGUGCUGAUGAUGACAAGAAGAACUGGUACCCACCCGGUCACGGUGACUUGUACAACGCGCUCUAUCAAUCCGGUGUUCUCGACCAGCUUUUAGCGGAAGGCAAGGAAUACCUGUUUGCGUCAAACUCUGACAACUUGGGCGCUGUUGUCGAUGACAAGAUCCUCCAACAUAUGAUCGACUCCAGGUCAGAGUUCAUCAUGGAGGUUACGGACAAGACCAAGGCUGAUAUCAAAGGUGGUACUCUUAUCGAGUACGAUGACACCAUUCGUCUUCUGGAAGUUGCCCAAGUUGCUUCAGAACAUAUCGAGGACUUCAAGUCUAUCCGCAAGUUCAAGAUCUUUAACACUAACAACUUGUGGAUCAACUUGAAAGCACUCAAACGCAUCAUGGAGCUGGGUGAGAUGGAGCUUGACAUCAUUCUCAACCCCAAGACGACCGAUGACGGCCAAGCUGUCAUUCAGCUCGAGACUGCGGCUGGUGCUGCCAUCAAGCACUUCAACAACGCUCAUGGUGUGAACGUUCCCCGAAGCCGUUUCCUGCCUGUGAAGAGUUGUUCCGACCUGCUCCUGAUCAAGAGUGACAUCUACUCGCUACAACAUGGUCAGCUUGUCAUCAACGAGCAACGGAUGUUCGAGACAACUCCCGUUAUCAAACUCGGCGACCAUUUCAAGAAGAUCGCGCAAUUCCAGAAACGGUUCAAGAAGAUCCCCAAGAUUCUCGAGUUGGAUCAUUUGACUGUUACUGGCGACGUAUAUUUCGGCAGGAAUGUCACCCUGCGUGGUACCGUCAUCGUUGUCGCCAACGAGGGUCAACGAAUCGAUAUCCCCGAUGGCUGUAUUCUAGAGAACAGUAAGUUCGUCUGGUUUCGUACUUCGACCAGCUCUCACAAUCUUUCGAUCUUGCAGGGCUGCUCUCUGGAAACCUGAAUAUGAUUGAACUAUAAACUAUAGUAAUACUUUAUAAUACUUGGUCUGGCCAUUUGUAGCCUGAAAAUCUUGGAAUUCGGAUGGACUCUAUGCUUUUCUAUGUUACUUCUCUGGCGUCUCGCAUUUCGUCGACGGCUCUAUUACGAUCUUGGGUUUUCCUUAGAUAGACUACUGGAGAGAAUAUGAUACAAUCACCCACUAAAUGUUCGCGCUGCUGUAGCAUUCAUUUGUCUACAUCGUGCGCAAAGUUAGAAUUCGUUACUUAUGAC